ACAGUUUGAGGAAAGUAUCAGCCAAUCGUAGACUUAUAUAUCUAUUUGUAUAGUCUAUUGAUAGUAAAUCGAAAUAUUUCUAAUAAUAGAAGAUGAUUUAUGCAAUUUAUGUAUAAGUAUUUAAAUGUCCCAAUAAAAUAAUGCUAACAUUGAUAAUCUUAAUCUUAAAAAAAAAAUUCUUUGCAAAGUGACACUUUUUUUCCAUCUAAUUGUAAGAUAUAACUUGUGGAACAUUAUCUAGGAAUUUAGAUAACGUCAAAAGAACGAAUGUAAAAAAAAUCCAAGAUCGUUAGUCCCUAGAAUCACGUUGCUUUGUUUUGAUCGGGAGGAAAUUCAAUUAUUUUUUAAUUUAGUGUUAGUUUACAAGAUCAGUUUUUAAUUAGGGACGAAUGAAAUUUUGUUUGGAUUUCAAACGAGCUGACAGAAUGGACAGAACGGAAUUAUGAUUUUUCAAAUGUAAAUAACUGAAAUAUCAUCGAGUCUUCUAUGUGUGGGCUAUCGGUUCGAUUAAUUAAAUAAUAUUCAUAAUGAAUAUUGUUCGAAUUAAUUCGAAAAAUGUGAUUUUUAUUCUAUUGGCAAUUUUCUCGACAACUAUCAAACAGGCUCAUAUGGGUUAUGGAAGAAAUUUCAAGACUAUGUCCAAGUGGUGUCGCUUGUUCAGAAUUAAGUGGAGAUUGUUUGAAAUGUAAUUUAAAUCUGAAUUGUGUAUAUGGAGCUGUAUACGUUGCUAAUUGUUCUGUUUUAGAGAAUAUUGAUUGUGUUGUAAGUAACACGAUCAUUGAUAUAUUAAACUUCAAGGGUGAACAAUUCUUUCAAAAAAAGUAUAUAUGUCGUUACUGCUAUCAAACUGAGCACUGGGAGCACGAGUGUCAUCAAAAAAAUUCUUGUAGCUCUGUAGCUUCUCCACGACAAUAUUAUAGGACAAAUUGUACAGUAAAUGGUGAUAUAUUAUGCCUAGGAAGACGUAGAUUUAUGAAAAAUUUAUUAUGCAAUUGGACUGUAGGAUACCGUUGGUCUACUGCUUUAAUCUUGAGCAUUACGUUAGGUGGUUUUGGCGCUGACCGAUUUUAUUUAGGUCAUUGGCAAGAAGGAAUUGGUAAAUUGUUCAGUUUUGGAGGACUUGGAGUAUGGACAUUAAUUGAUGUAAUGCUUAUUUCUAUGAGAUACUUAGGUCCAGCGGAUGGAUCAUUAUACAUUUAAAUACACUUAAUAAUAAAUAUAUUGUAUAUAAUAGAAAGAAU